AUGGGAAUACAAUCUGUUAGAGUUCCUAUGUACAUUGACGAGUUUCGGAUGAUCAAUUUUUUUGUCAGUGAUCUAGUAAUCUACAUUUUCGGCGGAUUUAUCUUUUGUCUCAUGUUCGAGUCACCAUUUUUGGUACUACAAAAAUUAAUAUUAGCUCAUAGAACUGAAAGGAUAAGCCAAUCUUCGGUUGAGGAUAAAACUAAUACUUCUAAGAAAUACUUAAAAGAAUAA